AUGUCCGACGUGUGUGCAAAAUUUAAAGAAAAUCUCAGCGUCGCGCUUGGGGAGACUUCCCUUUUUAGCUGCUUACCUUGGCAGGUGCUAAUUGGAAAUAAAAUCAUGUAGAGAAAGCAAAAGGGGGAUAAUAUCAUUACUCAUUUAUACUGCGUUUGUCAUUCGUUUUAUGCUUAUUUAUGUCUGGUAACUUUGUAAUUUUCAGGUGGACCUAGCCCGUCGAGCCAGCUCCAUAUCGGCAUAUCGGCGAGUCAGCGUGUCGGACGAUGCUAAAAUGGAAGGUAAGUCAUGCUUUUUUAGAACUUUAAUUUUGAUGACAGCGGAGAUUUUUAAGCUUCACGUAAAAAUUGUAAAAAUCUUGACGCUAAUAAGGAAUUUUAUUAAGCUUCAAAUGCUCUUAAAGGGAUCUUUUAAGCACUUUGAUUCGCUAAAGCUAUUAGCUGGGACAUCUAAGGAGAUCAUCUUCUUUUGCGGAAGCUAUGAAAUCACUAUUGCGAUAGACUGAGGGAGAUAUGGAGAGACACGUAGAAAAUCCAUUCCUCUUCUUUAUAUCGUUAGAGUUUGGAGUGUAGGUCUUAUCAGUCCGCCGAGAAAAUUAUGAGCAAAAUUUCGCUCCGCCAUCUAGUCGCUGAACUGAAAAGCAAUCUGAUUUUGUCGCCACACAAUUCAUUUUCCCGGCGCGGAAAACGAAGUGUUAUCGGGAAGUUUGUGCUGCGGGGUUCCUUACAUUAUUUACAUUUUCUGAAAGCCAGCUUUUUACUCUACUGCCAUGCCAAAUUUCAGCCUUCUAGCGCAAACGGCUAGCGAGGUAUGGAGAGAAAAAACAAACGCAUUCCGAAAAAAAUGAAAAAGUCGCGGUGAUCGGUUGUGUCCCAAAAGGACAGAAUGCCGCGGCGUCAAUGCGAUUUUUAUGCAACAGAGUGCUCACUAUUUUCCCGACAGACUGAUACAUAGUCCAUAGACAACUUUACCUUGCCAGUUUCCCACCACAAAAUUAAAAAAGAAAUAUCUAUUUUUUGUAUGAACUCUACAGUGACGGACCUGAUCCAGUGGCAAAAUACGUACCAUUUUGCAUCCGGGAAGUACCAAAAAUGUGGCAGAAUACCUCCCCCUCCAACUAAAAAAACUACUCCGCUUUGAAGCGCCCCUUACAAAAAGAGCGGGCGCACUUUUGAAAAUUCGAGUUUGUCCACUUGGAGAGGGAGGUAUUUUGCUACAUUUUUUAUACCUCCCGGAUGCAAAAUGGAACGUUUUUUGUCACUGGAUCAAGUCCGCCACUGUACAUGGCCCAUGCUCAAAGUGUAAUCUAUGCGUAUAGUUUUAAAAAUUUCUAUUCUAUUGCCGAAAAAAACAACAACAUUUUUUGGCAGCGUAUUUUAGACCUGCCAUUCCUUUGUUAAUUCCCCACUGAUCAAUAUUUUUCGAAAAAAGUCCAAAACUGAAGCCAAUGAACCUCGUAGACGCCUCUAAAGCCAUUCAUAAGCGUAUUGUCAGACUGCUUAAAGCACCGCAUUUACCUUACACACGCGAGGAAUUUCAUGCGAAGGCCACUUAAGGGAAUUACAUCUUUACAAUGACAUCGCCGCUCUCUCGGGAAUUCCUGUUCUCAUUGCUAAACUAGCACAUAUAGGUGGCUAUUAUCUUCUAUUGUUUGCUCUAAAGUUUCUUCUUCGUUGGCUAUAUUGAGUAAAUUUUUGGAAGGUCAGCAAUGGGGAGAUGCUUCAAGAGGAUCAGAGGGUUCCUCAGAUCUUGUAAGGAAAAAGGUAAAAUUAUAGUUUUGUUGGUGUGUAAGGUAUUUUUAUUGCAAUUUUUUAAAAGUUUACCAAAGUUUUUUUAAAAUUUCUUGGGGUUUUAUGAGGUGGAAAAUUAGAGAUCUUAGAGGAUGAUAAAUAAUGUAUAAAUUGGCUUUGAAAUUGGUGCUAAUUACGGCAAUUUGAGAAAGGUUAUGUCAUGAAAACACUAGGGUCCAAUAAAUAUCAAAAAUUUACGCCUCGCGCUAUGCAAAAUAAAACUUUUUGUGGUCGAUAAAUCUUUCUCUCUAUGCUGACUAUGAAACCAAAAAAAUACAGUAUCGCAUCAAAGAAGUCCUACGUUCAUAACAACCCCAAUUUGCAGGCGACAUAAGCCCUCACAGCAAAGAAGAAGCCGAUCAUUUCAAGCUGAAUCUCGGUGGGAAGUCGUUUUGUUUCCGAUCUGAUGUGAUCCUAACAUGCCGAGAGGACUCUCUGUUGUCUACGCUGAUCAGAGCGACACAUACGCAACGACUGAUGGUAAUGGAUAGUUAUAAUGAGGACACUGGAGAGUACUAUUUGGAGAGGAAUGUGAAGGUUGCGGAGAGCGUGAUCGAUUACUUUGUUACUGGUAAGGCUUUAUUUUAUUUUUUUUAAACUAUUUAUUGCGGCUACGCUUGGUGGCGAUAACAUUUUUUUUAAAAGUGGUAAAAAAAGAGCAUCGCUUGUGUACGACGAAAAACACUUUCCGAUGAUAUGUUUUUAGACUUUUAAAGGAGUAAAAAGACUUAGUAAGAACAUGGUAUCUACUCUGAUUUAAAACCAGCCGUCUUUUUUGUUGUUGGGAUACUUUUUGAGGCUAUAUCCGACUUAUUUCAAUAUUUUUCUUGCCUUCUAUCGACUUCAGUCUAUAAAUCAUACCAUAUUAAUUUUCAGGGAAGCUCCACAAACCCCACGAUGUAUGUCCAGAGAGAUUUACCGAAGAACUACAAUAUUGGCGGCUUUAUGAUGUGCAAGUAAGAACUCUUUUAUGUAACUCACUUUAAAUUGAUUUUAUGUCACCCCAAAUUAAAAUUUGAAUUUUUCCUUUUAGUUUGCGCCAUGUUGCGGCUUCAUAAUGGGUCCAGCUGUGAAAGAUCGGAAAGAAGAGGAGCAUGAGUUUGAUGGAGUAAGUUGACAAGGCAUUUGAGCGAUUUCACAACGAUUUUUAGCAAUUUUUAUACAUUGUUUUAGGUAGUGUGCUCUCCCUUUCGGCUGAUGAUAUACCGGAUGAUGGAAGAUCCCUCUCACAGUUUUGUCUCGAAAUUUUUUGCUUUCAUCUCUAUUUCCUUCAUUUUUGCGUCAAUUUUGGGUAAGUUGAAACGGAAUGCCACGAAAUAAAUAUUUUCGUUUCGGGACCCAAAUUUUUUUUAAGGAAAAAGUUAAAACGGCUGAAAUAAAAGCAAUUUUCAGGUCUAAUUCUCGGCUCUAUGCCCGAAUUCCAAACCAACACCACGUACGCGGAUGGCUAUCAUGUCUACCAUCUGAAACAACGCUAUCGAUAUUUAUACGGAAAAUUCGACGAAGGCCACGGCGCCAUGAAUUUGGAGACCUACAACCUGACUGGCUAUGUGUAUCGACCCACUGAUUCGCCAAUGCAGUCGCUGGUUACCCUCGAAUACUUUUGCAUUUUAUGGUUUACCAUCGAAUUUUUGGUCAGGUUUCUGGUGGCGCCAAGGAAGAAGAAAUUCGUUAGUCGGGCGAUGAAUCUAGUCGAUUUGUUUACGAUUCUGCCCGUGUACUUCGAAGUUUGUCUUUCGUUGAUUGGGAUUCAAGCUGAAAAACUGAAGGAAGUCACUGGUAAGGCUUUGGGGAAGUGUUUGAAAGGAGAGAGAGACAUGACUCAGAAAGGAAGACUUGACACAAAAUUUUAAAUUGCAAAAUUAAUGAUUGAAUUGAGAUUUUAUGGAGGAAAGCGUUCAGAAAUUGUAAAAAUUUUGAUUUUUUGAUCAAGGAAACACUUGACCCAAAUUUUUUUACUUUUGACUCUGAGAGGAAGACUUGACCCAAAAUUUUAAAUGUCAAAAUUAGUGAUUGAAUUGAGAUUUUAUGGAGAAAACUGUUCAGAAUUUGUAAAAAACUUUGAUUUUUUGAUCAAGGAAACACUUGACGCAAUUUUUUAAAAUUUUUAUUAUGAGAUGUGUUGUAGUUAAAGUAGCUAAAGUAUGAAAUAAUUUGGCCAUAAAACCUAAUUUUACCAGUGUCAACGACCAAAAUCCUCUGAAAGGAACAAUUGUCCCACUAGAGAAACACUUGACUCAUUAUCCAAUUUCAGGAGCAAUGCUUGUAAUGCGAGUUCUCCGCGUUCUCCGCAUGGCCAGAGUCUUCAAAUUGGCCCGUUAUUCCACCGGUCUUCAGAUCUUCGGGAACACCCUCAGGGCAUCAAUGACCGAACUCUCAAUGUUGUUGAUCUUCCUCAUAACUGGCACCGUCUUCUUUAGUACAAUAAUGUACUUCCUUGAAAAGGAUGAGCCUUACAGCGACUUCAGCAGCAUCCCGGCCGCUUGUUGGUGGUGCAUGUGAGUUUUAGAAUAUAAAUUGGAUGGUAAUUUUGAUUUCAGCAUCACUAUAACGACUGUUGGAUUUGGGGAUUGUCAUGUGCAAACAACGCGUAAGUUGGGGUAGUAGGAACAAGAUUAAGGGCAAGAAGAUUUCUUACUAGGACUGUCUGUGUAAUAGAGAGGCCUUGAACAAAAAAAUCAGGCCACGAAAGAGCUAAAAACUAAAUUUUCAGUUGGCAAAAUCGUCGCGACAGCCACGAGCAUCACUGGCAUCAUAAUCCUCGCCUUCCCGGUGUCGCUGAUCGUCGAGAACUUUGCCCACGCCCAGCAUCAAGCGCUGGUGGAGAGUCAAAUAAAACAUGGUGAGGAAAUAAGCACAAAGUCUUACAAAAAACGUGAAGGAAACUCGGAGGCUAUAACUUCCGGCGGAGGCAGCGCAGAGACUUCUUUUUUGGAAUACGUAUUUUUAAGCGACAUUAGUUUCUUGCUUAAAAGCAAGAUUUUAAAAUGCAAGCUGAGGUCGCUACGACCUUCUAAAGUAGGGGCAUUCCUACCCCGAAAACCAUGUUUUUCGGUUGAAAAUCACCGAGAACUUUCGGGUUUUUUGUACCCAGAUUUCUCCAAAAAAACAAUACCUUUCCCUUCAAUAUCAAGAAAAUUGUAAUGUUAAUUGAUUUCAGCUCAAAUGUCCUCGCUGGCCAAUAACUAUGUGAUGAAAAGAGGCCAAUCCCGGAGAGUGCGGAAAGGAGAGUCGAUCAAGGAGAGGAAUCGAGUCAGCCUACUUCCCGGUGACAUUACUUCUGUGGCGUGA